GGCCGCAGCGGGCGCUGGGACCCGCGGGCUCCUCCUCCUCCCUGCCUGCCGCUCUCCUUCCUCGUCCUCCCCCUCCUCCUCCCCUUCGGGUCCCGGGGCCGCGCUCCUCCUCCCCGCGGGCUGUCGUGGAAUCAGCUGACGCCGCGCCCCAGCCUCGCCGCCCGCGCCGCGCCGCGCUCCCCCAAAGUGGCUGCAGCCGGACGCCCACUUUCAGGGAUCGGGGGACCCGGAAAGUGAUGCGUGCUUUGUGACACCUCGCGGAGCCGCAGCCCGAGCCGCUUCGCUCCGUCAACUUUCUGGCCCCUGCACGCCGCGCCCUGACCCUGCCUCGCCCUCCCCAGCCGCGUAGGUAGGGAGCGCGCCGGCCGGGGUCGCCGGCGGGGGUCUGGGAUGGCUUCCAAUUUUAAUGACAUCGUCAAGCAAGGCUACGUGAGGAUCCGGAGCAGACGCCUCGGGAUUUAUCAACGAUGCUGGUUAGUAUUCAAGAAAGCUUCAAGCAAAGGUCCAAAAAGAUUGGAGAAGUUUUCUGAUGAGCGUGCUGCAUAUUUUAGGUGUUAUCAUAAGGUUACAGAACUCAACAACGUGAAGAAUGUAGCUCGAUUGCCAAAGAGCACCAAGAAACACGCCAUAGGGAUUUAUUUCAAUGACGAUACCUCCAAGACCUUUGCUUGUGAAUCAGAUCUUGAGGCAGACGAGUGGUGUAAAGUCCUCCAGAUGGAGUGUGUGGGAACGCGGAUCAAUGAUAUCAGCCUCGGAGAGCCUGACUUAUUGGCGACUGGGGUUGAGAGAGAACAGAGUGAGAGAUUCAAUGUGUAUUUGAUGCCAUCUCCUAACUUAGAUGUACAUGGCGAAUGUGCCUUGCAGAUUACAUAUGAGUAUAUCUGUCUUUGGGACAUCCAGAAUCCCAGAGUCAAACUGGUCUCUUGGCCGCUAAGCGCCCUGCGGCGGUAUGGAAGAGAUACCACGUGGUUCACUUUUGAGGCGGGGAGGAUGUGUGAGACCGGUGAAGGGCUGUUUAUCUUUCAGACUCGAGACGGGGAGGCCAUCUAUCAGAAAGUCCACUCAGCUGCUUUGGCCAUAGCGGAGCAGCAUGAGCGUUUGCUCCAAAGCGUGAAAAAUUCAAUGCUCCAGAUGAAGAUGAGCGAGCGGGCGGCCUCGCUGGGCACCGUGGUGCCCCUGCCUCGCAGCGCCUACUGGCAGCACAUCACCCGCCAGCACAGCACGGGCCAGCUCUACCGUCUGCAAGAUGUUACCAGCCCUCUGAAGCUUCAUCGAACAGAGACUUUUCCCGCCUACCGAUCUGAGCACUGACAGGAGCUGCCAAGAAUCCUCAGCGCUCUUGUGAUGGUCAGCCACACGUCCACAAGGGAGGUCACAGGACGACAGUCAAGGAAGCCACGGCCGAGGGGAGAAACUUGGAAAACACCGGCUAAUUGCACGGUCAUUGGGAAACUCUGCAAUAUGAUACAUAUUUUUCCUUUCCUUUUUUUUCUUUUUUUAAAUAAAAGUCCUAGCCUCAUUGAGACAUACUCUAGAGAUGCCAACAUCCUUUUUUCUCCCUGACAGCUGUACAGAAAGGAGUCAAUACCACAAAGUGAUUUUCUAUUGUAGAUACUCUGUCUUUUGCGAUUCUCUGAAUCUGUCCUUUUGUGGGUUUGUGUGAUUUCCUUCUGAGUGUUUCCGUUGUAUGACAGUAUUGACAAUAAAAUGGCUCUUAAUUAUUUGUUA